AUGGUGCUCAAGGAGGAGGUGGAGGUAGAGGUGGAGGUGAAGGAUCUGAGGGUGGUUCUGGUUCUGGAGGAGGAUUGGGUGGGGGGGUUCGAAAGUGGUUGUGAAGGAGGAGGUGGAGGUAGAGGUGGAAGAACAAGGGGUGGUUCUAGUUUUGGAGGAGGAUUUGGUAGUGGGUUCAGAAAUGGUGCUCAACGAAGAGGAGGAAGAGGUUUUGGUGGCGGAGGCGGAGACGGAGGCGGAGGCGGUGGUGGAGACGGAUUGGGUAGAGGAUCUGGUAGUGGAUUUGGUGGAGGAGCUGGUGGUGGAAUCCUUUGA